GUGCUCCGUCUGUGUUGCAACGAUGACGUUUUGCCGUUUGGCGGCAUUUCUGUUUGUUUGCUGAACAUGUGUUGUAACGCUGCAGGCUCACAGCAAUCGGAAAAUAAAUCAGAUCCUGCGAGCGGUUAGAAGGAAUGUGCGAUGGCGCUGACCCAAAACUCAAAUCUAUUUAAACUGAACCGUCGGUAGCGGAUUAUUUUGCGCAUGCCCCCUGCUGUUGCUGUCCCAAUGUGGGGAAAAAGAGUUUUCCGAAGGGGAAAAGCAUGUUGCGCUCGACCAAAAACAAAACGCUGCUCCUUGGCGAGCGAACGGAAAGAGCAGCAGCGCUGACCAAUGACCGAUACUGGUGGUGGUGCAACAACCACCUGUAUGUACUCGACGCUCGAUUCCCUGUAGAAAAAAAAAGCGAAAACACAAACAGACACAUACUAGGCCCUCACGCGAGAGACAGUUUUCAUUGUAGCGACCUUCCGCCGAAGGCCGAAGCAGCAGCAAGCAGUACCAAUCGCUCGCUUAUCAGUAACGAACCGAUAUCGAUUUUUCGGUCCAAACGUGGGAUCGAUUGCAGCUUGGGCACCUGCAAGUGCUCCCCCGUUACUAUCCCGCACACGCUCGAUGGAACUGGCAGCAUGUCGACCGCGUACAAACACCUGUACUCGUGUGUAACGUUUUUGAUUUUCGUUUUCGUGCUUAACUUCUACAAAAACCGUGUCCAUGUGAACCGCGACCGGGACGCAUCGUUGCGCGGGCCCACCGCCAAGCUGAAGCGUGCCGUUAACAGCAGGCUGCCCCACACAACACCCUUCGAAGGGGCAGAGGAUGAGCUUUUCUUCGAUCUUGCCUACCUGGAGGAGCUGAACGAUCGCUCCAAACAGUACCCGGGACGGUGUCUCGAUGUGGAGGUGUUCUUUGUGUUCUCGCCCGACCGAAACGUGCCCCGCCGAUCGCUGGAAGGACCCGAAGCGCUACACUACAAGCGCACAGCGCUGGGUGAGCUGGGCAGGAAAAAGGAUCUGGAGCAGCCGCCUACGGACGGUGCAGGGCCAAACUCAUCCAUCUACGUGUUUCUGUCGGUGCUGCUAGUGCUGGUGCUAGCGGCCGGUGUCGACAUAGCGAAGCACCUGACCGGGAGCGGUCGCAACCGGCCGGAGGACGCCCAGCGGCGCUUAUCGUUGCAAAACUAUCAAGCGUUGAUAAGGGAAAAGCAAAAGCAGUUCCGCAUGAUGAAGCAACACUACUCGCAACCGUCGAUGAGUGUUCAGCGCUCGAUCGAUGAGUCAGCCGUACCGCCGUUUGCAGGAACGUUCGCACGCCGGGAGGAAAACACACCCGCCACCGGACCGAUGACACUACUGCCGGGAAAGUCUGGCCCAGGACCGUUGCUGAGAAGACAGUCGGUGCCGACCCUGAUGCGCGGGCAGGUGGUGGUAAUGCCAGCAAGCGGAGGCACGACGACGUUCACUGCUCCAGCACCGAACGUAGUACCGUUCGGGCGUCGAACGUCGGUAGAUUCGUUCUGGGACGUGCUGGAUCCGGUCGGGACGGCCGGCAAUGGUUCAUCGCCGGAAGUGCGAAGACGUGUCCGGAUGCUGCAUCGGCAUUAGGGAAGAAGCGGUAGCCAACCGUAAACUUUCAUCUCUACUUUCAAUCGCUUAGAAGGCUUUAGUGUGUAAGAAGGGUUUGGUCGCGAUUGUCGCGCAAAGUUUGUACGACUAUACUGAACUGUUCGAUGUGAUCUCAUGUGUAAGAUUUUAGAGCUUAACACACACACACCUGUUGACUGCACGAUCUUUUGCCGCAAACUUUAAAGUGUAAAAGGUUUAAGUCGAAAAAGGAAUCUAUUUUCAAUCUUUACAACGCUAAGAAAUGAAUAUUUUUAGAAGAAAAAAAAAACAGUCAUACAAUUUACGAACCAUAAGACCAAACCAAACGAAAGGAAUUGAUGAAUCCAAAGAGCAAAACGCACUGUUACAUGAGAAUGAGAUUAUAGAGGCAAACACUUGUAAGCGAACUAACUGCAACAGUAUUAGGUUAAGGGUACACACACUACAUUCGAUAAGCUAAAUCUGAUUUCUCUAAGUAGGCUAAGUUAAAUGAGGAAUGUUUUUAUCGACUGUCUAUCUGAGGCGCUAACCGCGACGGUCUUCAUACGGCAGGACCUCGGGGUUCAAAUCCCCAUACGCAGGGCUGACUACCUUGCUACGGGUAAAAUCAAGUCACAGAAAUGCGAGACUUUACAGGUUGUAGUGCUCUAGGAAGUAAAAGAAGAAGUCUAUCGUAUGAAACCAUAAAGGAGUCAGAAGGUCCUGCCACGGUGGGCUUUUAAAGGCUAAGUUGUACCGACUUCUCAUCAGUGUCAAUUGAUCCUUAGUAAGGCUUAGCACGACAGGAUCGGGGUUCAAAUCACACCCGGACCAGCUCCACCGCAGUGAGAAAUGGCAGCCAUGACCUUAUAAGAAGAGAAAGACACGGCUUAGCACGUGUCAUUCAUGAUGGUGGGAAUGGCGGCAGCUGAUUUGUGGAACUUAAUGACUUGGUAAUGAAUAGGACCCUGAGGACUCCUCCCGUGCUGCCGUCCUGAUGAUAAUUUCCCACAAAAAAAGAUAGUUUUAGUUAUAUUUCCCACCUAUCACCAGUGGUGGGUCAAGAUAUUUGGAAGCCUCCCUGUAAUUGUGAUUGCAACAAAGUUUCUCUCGUCGACGAGGCCCCGAGCGGCCGCACCGUCAUCUCCAAGGUUGAUCCGCCAUUGCCCAUCGGUUGGCUUUUCUGUCGCUUAAGUAACGAACCACUUCAGAAGCAAGCAGCACAACACAUCCCCCACGAAUUAUCGAGGCAUCUCCUCCUCAUCCUUUUGUGCAGUGUCUCAAGUCCUCGAGACCUGCUAUCUAUUCUGGUUAAUUCCAUCCUAGACGCGUAUCCUCCAGCCUGAAGAACCUCAUGUUCUCAUAAUGAUCGACCUCGUGGAAAAGCUCGUGCGAAUGGGUUUUGGUGGACCUCCUCUGGUUCUGUUCCCUUCUGGAGGAUCGUAAGGAUUGAAGGAGGUUCUCUCAGACCCGCUCAUCAGCAAAUCAGGGGUUACAUCACCGACCGCAUUAGAUCGCUUCCCUUCAAAAUGGAUGUCUAUUGUACGCCGACGAUGUGUCCCUGCAAUUUGUGUGAGCCUCAUCUUAACUCGGUCGCCGAGUUGAGCUAUCAGCUGGGCCUCACCGCUAUGGAAUAGGUUGGAGAGGCUGCAGGUGAAGUACACUGGAACAGUCGGUCAGGUGUUUACUGAACAACUCCCGCGCUAUCUUAUUCUGAGCGGUGCCAGCUGCUGGGUUUGGUUAAACAUGAGGAUCGUCAUGGACCUUCUUUCCCCAACCAUCCUUCUUUCCCCAACAUCCUGCUGACAGCUGUGUCCCUUCCCACCGCUUACACGUACGUCCACCCACAGAGCCAAAAAAAAUAGAUGUAAAAUGUCCAUAAGAACGUAACAACGAUACAUGAAAUCUAUGUUGAAGCGAAAAGCGAAAGAGCAAUUUUAAACUCGAGAAUAUAAAAAGGCGACGAAAGCUGUAACCGUAGAAAACACAAUCGCACGAAUGUAGAGAGAGAGAGGAGAUUCACGGCUAUUAUUCUAAAAAAGUAUUUUCUAUUGUUUGCCUAUUGUACACAGUUAGUUCAAACCACUUCUCAUCUCACACAACAACGGGUUUCAUAAUCUCAACAAAUAUGCCCGCCCAUUCGGCCAUCGACUUAAUCGUCUGCAAUGAACAACUGAAAAA